AAGCGCAUCUUCACAUAAUCGGACACAAUAAUUCGACACAAUGGUUUCAACAAGGUGUCACAUUUGAACGUGUAAAGUGUUGAUUUGUUUCCAAAUAAUAGUAAUGAAACGAUGCGACGUUUGUGUAGUUUCGGUUGGAAAUGUAUUCUAAUUAUGUGAUAUUAUGUGAUGACGGAUAAAACAUAAAUACUCAAAAGAUGAGUGUACGACGGCGGAUUAAUUGGCCUACAAUUACUAUACAUCUAAUGUAUCCUCUUCUGGUGACUUUAUUCCUCGUUUUUAAAUCAAUUCUCGCUGCUGUGGAACUGACUCCAGAGCAAAUACGGGAGGAAUUAGUAAAAUCAGAAAUAAUUCCCGAUGUUAUAGUUCAGCCCCCUCAAAAUGUGGUGCAGGUCAUCUACUUGAAAUGGUUUGUCUUGAAGAAUUACGUCAAUUUUGGAACAAUCAUAAAGGCGGAUAAACUACAAUCCCCGCCCGCGUCGAUCAACUGGCCAUAUGAGAAUAAUACUUAUUAUAGCUUAAUUUUGACAAGUCCUGACGCUCCAUCAAGGGCAUCACCGAAUCUGAGAGAAUGGCAGCACUGGAUUGUAGGAAAUAUACGGAAAAAUGAGUGGCAGGAAGGACUAACUCUUACCGAGUACAGAGCCCCAGGGUUUGUUCGUAACACAGGUCUUCAUCGGAUGGUAUUUUUAGUUUUCAAGCAACCGAAAAAGUUAUCUUUCUCAGCGCACACAAGACGGAAAAGAGUUUUAAGGAGUUAUUUUUCAACACAAGUGUUCUCGGCCAAACACAAUCUAAGCAUAGUGGCGGCCAACUAUCUUCAAAUAGACUGUGGUUCUCCGGAUGAAGAGACCGAAUCCUAGAUGAACGAGUUUAAGUAAGAAUUGAUUUUGUAACUUUAACAAAACAGUGAAUUCCUUAGUCCUUACAACUGAAGCAGGAAGAAGUAAUGUUCCAAAACUUUAUUUAAGACAACGGAGAGACGAACGGUAAAAUGGGGAUGAAGUUAAAAAGGAAAAAAAAACAAAGUUAUUAAAAUAAAAUUUAGUGAAACUUGAAGUAUGAAUACAAUAACAUAUAGUGAUUUUAUUUUCUUGCCAUUUUAAACACAUAUGUAUCAUGGUCACUUUACAUUAUUUGAGUGUAUUUCGGGUGGUUGUUUUAAUCUUUAAAGUCGUUUUCGUAUAAUAUCAAUAUUUCGUAACGUGAAAACUUCAAAUGUGAAUUGACUUUGUGUAACGUUUUAUUUUUUUAAUCCACUCUUACUGAUGCUGUGUGUAUCAAUGUAAAUCUAACGCUAACUUUCCUGUUAAUACGCUGAGUGCUCUAAUUCCUGAGCUUUGUAAUUCAUCCAUUGGAAAGCUAGGAAAUGUUGACUUAAACCAUGAUUUUUAUUUCUUCUCCCCAAGAGUUUUAGGCCGUAGAAUAACUUUUGCACUUGAAUAAUCUUAAGGAAUAUAUCUGAUUGUAAAAUAAAUUAAAAAAAAAUAAUA